UUGGCAUAGAAAACCUUGGGUACGAGGUUGAACAUCUGUUCUGCUUAUAAUGAUGAAUGAGACCAAUCAUUUCAUGUGUACGAAAUGUGCUGUAAGGUCACCAUUUCUGCUACUACCACGGUUCUUGUUAACAUAUCGCUCGUUCGUGUUUGAGUUGGGUCAAUUUCGCCAUAAUCUACUCGCAAUGAGAUUGCAAUAAAAAGACAACUUGUUGUAUUUCAGAACAGCUAGGUUUCUUCUUGUUUCCCAACGAGAUCAGAUAUGUCAUUAUAUUGCAGGGCAGCAGUAUUAUUUUCUCGUGUGAAUUCCGCAUCGCCGUAGGCGGGGGAGACCGCAUAAAUUUCACAUAUUACCCACGACAGAAUUGUAACAGGCCUGCUGUCAGCGUUCCGUUGGGGACACGGUGUUCCUGCGUCAGGCAGACCCAGAGCAUGAAGGAAUACUGCGUUCGCAAUGGAACACAGCACGUUCCAAUGGACAGCCGAGGUUUCGAACGGGACCGUCACUGAGGACCGCGAACGUUGCCCAAGUCUUUCCGUAGAUCUUUUUAGGGUAUAGAGCAGUUUGUGAUCGCAGAAAUCACAGCAUUGUUGUUGAGGAGAGUUGGGGGAAAAAUGGUGAGAGAGGACGCAGAUCAAUCUCCCCGGCCCAGCCUGGAGCGAGAGUUUGCCGAGUCCACCAGCCUCCACGGCAUCGCCAAGGUUUUCCACGCCAGUAGGCUCCUUGUCCGGGUCUUCUGGGUGAUCAUCAUGCUGACGUGCCUGUGCGUCUGCGUCUGGCAGAUCUCGGACCGGUUCCACCGGUUCCUGCAGUACAAGGCCAACACCGAGAUCUCCGUGGAAUACGUCGGGCACCUCCCGUUCCCCGCGGUCACCAUCUGCAACUUCAACAGAUACCGCUCGGGAGCCUUGGCCCCGGGUGACGAAGACGCACUAGCCUACAUUUGGGAACUAAGCAACUACCAGAACGACUAUGAUUACGAAGGAGAGAGCAACAGUACAGACAGCUCUUACUUGGACAGCCUGGUAGACUUCAACUACACUGAGUUCACGCUGAGGGCGGGCUUCCGCAUGGACAACGUGACUUUGCUCGCCUGCUCGUGGCGAGGAAAGAGAAACAGCUGCUCUGCAGAGGAUUUUUCGCACGUGUUUACUUCCUACGGGAAUUGCUGGACCUUCAACUCCGGUAAAACGGGCCCUGUUCUGACCGAAAGCUAUUCUGGCAGCGGGAACGGUGUCUCGCUUCUGGUCGACAUACAACAGAGCGAGUACACCGAAACAGAGACUAUUGAGGCCGGUUUGAAGAUCCAAGUGCACGAUCAAGUAACCCCACCUACGGUCGAGUCAUCGGGGCUUGCCUUAUCGCCAGGCGUACACGCGUUCAUGGCUGUUCGGAGACAACAGUAUUUAAAUCUUGAGCACCCAUACGGAAAAUGCGACGCCUCCCGGACGCUGAAAAGAUAUGACAACUACACCUUGGAAGGAUGCAACAUUGAGUGCAGAGCAAACGCAGUUUGGGAAAAGUGCCGCUGUAGGCUUAUACAACAUCCAGGAAAUGAAGUUGAAUGUACGCCUGAAGAAGUCCGGUUCUGCGCAAGAGAAGCUAUUGAUGGACUCAUACGCGGAGACACCGAAUCGUGUGAUUGCCCUGUUCCAUGCAACUUCACCGCCUUCACGACGUCGCUCUCGACUGCAUUCCUACCAAACGAGAAGAUACUCCCGAUAUUGUUGCUGCUACUCAACAACAUAUCCACCAGUGACGAACGCAACGUGUCACGGUCCAUCUCCGAACAGCAAGAGUACAUACGGAAGAACUGGGUUGCGAUAGAUAUAUUUUACGAGGACAUCAACUACCAGAAGUUUGAACAGACAGAAGCUAUAACCCCGUCAGCUUUGAUCAGUGACAUUGGCGGCCAACUGGGACUUUUCCUUGGAGCGAGUUUCAUCACUUUGGCGGAGAUUUUCUCGUACCUCAGCAGGAAGAUACAGCGUUUGAUUCACGGACCUACCAGACGGCCUCAGAAACAACGUCAAAUGAGCCAUAGUGUAGAAACCCUGGCGUAAAUGCUGCACACGAAUCAGUGGCAUUCCGCAUGGGAAACUGGUGGUCUUCCCUGACGAGUGACGAUAUCGCUGUUUAUGCCAUCACAGACAAACAAACUCUCACGCUGUUACGGUACUGUAUCUUUCGUACUCCGCAGUACUUCAAGUUGAUCGGACCUGGGGCAUAUGCGUGUAAAAGAGAUUUGGGGGAUUGUAUAUACAUGCACCCCACUGCUGGAAAAUAACAACUUGUUUCACUACCGCACCAGGAUAACCAGUAAAACUAUACUUCGGAGGUCGGCACUGGCAGUUCUUAUACUUAUAGACGAGGCUCGACAUUCUUCGAUAUAUCCAUGAAAGAAGUGCUCUUUGUUGCUUGCUAACAUCUUGGACGAGUUACAUUCACCACACGGCAGCUCCAGGUUCAUUAACUAUCCCACAAUCGUGUGUUUACAAGCUCGUGAAAAUGCAGGGGAACCUUUCAGUUGAUAACAGAAGAACACGACACGAUGAACGUAGAUAUUUUUUCAUUCACGCGAAAUAAUACAUCCAUGUCGCUCCUUGUUUUUCAAGGAAACAAUACUCCUUUAACCACUGUCUGAAUUACUAAAAAGUACUGCGAUAAUUCGAAAUUAAAAAAAUCACUAGGAAGUCUCUCUAUUUGUUAAACAGUUGGCAUAUAUGUACGGUUUAUACAUGUAGAGACAACCAGCUGUCGACUUUGUCGAUGCUAAUUUCCCCGUAAUUGAUACAUCUAGUUUAUUUGGGAAUACUAGAUAAAGCAAAAAAAAUCACCUGCGAAUCGACAAGCAGGAUGGAGCAAAAUGAAUAUUACAAGAUGCAUUCAUGCAACUAGUCAUUGGGGAUUCUGACAUGCACCGUUUCCAUCUCCAAUUAAUCUAUCUUCUAUUUUUAGAAGAAGUGUGGAGCCGGUGGAAACAGUGACAAAGGGGUUGAAAUGAGACGACGGCUCAUCAACAGGUUUCUUACUCAUAACCCUGAUUUUUUGCAAGUUCAAGUCAGGUCAGAAAUUAAGAACUAAGUCACGGGUAACAAAAAUAGCGACAAGAGUCCAAGUGAAUUGAUUGGAGUCUAGAACUCUGCUUUGAUACGCAUUAUUGUGAUAGUUAUGCAUUCAUUUCUUAGCCUGGAGCACAUCGGAUAGCAUGGUGGAUGGUGAUCAAUUAAAGUAUGGUUGAUAUAACCAUGAUGUAACCAUGAUGUAA